AUGGCGAGUAUCGAAAGCCGCCCCCUUGGGCAACAGGCUCUUCGUGGCUUUGGCAUCUUCCAAGCCAUCGUUUCCAUACCGACAAUGGUAAUACUGGGCUUCUUUGCAUGGGAAAAGAUGACAUAUGCCUGGGAAGAGAACUAUUACUACUUCUUCGCAUCUUCCAUAACGGCGCUCAUGUCCGCCGGUAUUGUGUUCAUCGUAUACGUCCAGCGCAAGGCCAUUGCGACACCGUUCCAAGCGUUCAUGUUCGAGAUCGCGAAGUCGGUCCUUGCUACAGGACUAUGGCUUUGGCUUAUCUUGGACUCUGCGUUUGGCCCAGGUCGAGGUUACUAUACAGACCCGAAAUAUGUGAAGAGACGGGUCCAGCGUGAUGCGCUCGCCAGUCUAUUGUUGCUGUGA